UAUGUCUAAUAAUUAUUAGUAAUCAGAUUCUAGUAUUGAUGAAAGUAAAGAAAGUGUCACUUCCCAGUUUAUAAUGAGUGAACAAGAAUCAUAAGAAUAAGGUAGUUUUUAUAAAUAUUUGUUAGCUUUUUCUAAUUACAGUACUUAAAAUAAUUACUUGAAUCUUCUCAAUUUUGAUGAUGAAGAGAAUUUUAAUGAUAAUGCAGAGAGUUUAAAGGUCAUAAUAACAAAAGGGAAAUAGAAAGAUCAAUUUUCAUAAAAAAUCCUUAACAUUAACUUAAAGAAGACAUCCAACAAAAAAAAGGUUAAAAGAAUUAAAGAAUUUCAAGUUUAAGAAGACAUUAGACUCUUAAAAUUAGUCCAUCAAUAUGGAAGAUAAUUUUCAAGAAUAGUGAAAUAAUUCCCCAAAAGGACUGUUAGUAUGCUUAAAAAUAGAUAUUAUAAGAAUCUUAGAUACAGAUGGGAAGAAUUAUUGGGAAUGUAAUACAUACAUAUAUAUAUUAGUAAAUACAUAGAAGAAAAGAAUUAGUAAAAAACUAAAAAUUAGAUUGAUGGAAUGAAUUUGGACAAUUAAUCUCUUAAUCGUAAAGACUUAAUCAACAUGAUACCAAAUACCUAUAGUUGUCCAAUAAUUGGUAACAUGCUCUCAUCAUUCAUUAUAAAAAUGGACUAAUUUCUCAAAACUCAAUUUUGAUC